AUGAGCGUCCGCGUGCUUGCCCGCAUACGUCCCUUGCUCAAGGCAGAGCUGGACAAGGACACGAUUGUCACGGCCGAGAAGACCGGUGCCGACGAGAAUGUCGCGCCCUCGAUUGUCCGCAUUCCGAAUCCCAAGAACGAUGCCGAGUCCUUCAGCUUCCAGUUCAACAGCGUCUAUGACCGCGAGACCACCCAGCACGAGCUCUUCGACAAAGAGGUCGCGCCCACGGUCAAGCAUCUGUUCAAUGGCUUCGAUGUUACCAUUUUCGCGUAUGGUGUUACGGGAACCGGAAAGACCCACACGAUGCGCGGCGGCAAGUCGCUGGCGGACAGAGGUGUCAUCCCGCGGUUGCUCAGCAGCAUAUAUCGCCGGUGCAGGAAGAUGGAAAAGGAUGGAGAGACACAAGUCUCGGUGUCUAUGAGCUACUACGAAAUCUACAACGACCGCGUUUACGACCUUUUUGAGCCACCCGAGAAGCGGACGCCAGCCGGUCUGCCGAUCCGCGACAACAACGGAAAGACGGUUGUGGUGGGAUUGACUGAGAGGCCAUGCACGACGCUGAAGGAGUUUGAGCAGCUGUAUGAUGAGGCCAACGUCAAUCGUUCUACGUCUGCCACGAAGCUGAACGCACAUUCAUCUCGUUCUCACGCAAUACUAUGUGUUACGGUAACACAGACUACGGCUACCCACACCCGUGUCUCGAGGGCCUCGGCCAUUGACCUGGCAGGUUCCGAGGACAACAGAAGAACGGAUAACAACCGGGAGCGGCUCGUUGAAUCCGCGGCUAUCAACAAAUCAUUGUUCGUCCUAGCACAAUGCGUUGAAGCUAUUAGCAAAAAGCAACACCGAAUUCCGUACCGCGAGUCCAAGAUGACUCGAAUUCUGGCCCUGGGUCAGAACAACGGACUAACCCUAAUGAUUCUAAAUUUGGCACCUGUUCGUUCUUAUCAUCUAGAUACCCUUAGCUCUCUGAAUUUUGCGAAUCGAACGAAGAAGAUCGAAGUCGCCGAGGUGGAAAACGAGCCUGUCUUGAAGAUGGCACCGCCGAAGACGACUAGCAGCGUCGGAGGCCCGACCAUGGCGCGCCAGCCUUUGCGAGCUUUGGCCGCAGCCGCUAAUGCCAAGGUUGCCGAACCCCCAAAGAAGACGGAUAAGCCUGUGAAGGCAUUCUCUGUUUACACAGACAAGAGCAAGCCGGCGCCCAAGCCAACUACAACGCGCCGCACCGAGACACUUAAGCGAGGACCCGUCGAGGUUACUUCUUCCACUAGACCUGCGAAGUCCAUUCGUGCAGUCCAAAGCCCUGGCUAUGGCCGCCAGCCUGCUGCCGCACCCGCUGCUGCACCUGCUGCGCUUUCCAAAGAGGCCAUUGAAGAGCUCAUCGAACGCCGCUUGGACGAGAAGCUGGCUGAGCGCGCAUUGAAUGAGACGUCGACCAUCCAAACCCAGGACAUCAGCGAAGCCGUACAAAAGCGUCUCGACGAUCUGGAGCGCCGUGUUGGAAAAGAGGAAGAUGGCCGCGCCGAAGGGCUGCACUUCCUGCUCAUGGCCAAGCAGCACCACGUUCGCGGGGAGGACAUCAGCGCCCUGAAGAUGUAUCAGUUGGCGCUGCCGCACUUCCCCGAAAACGAAAAGCUGAGUCAGAAGAUCCUUGACCUGCAGGAGAAGAUCCGGCAAAAGAAGGAGGCCAGAAGCAGGGUGGAGGACCAGGAAAACGCGCCUCUCCCUGUGGAAGUCAAGACGAGGUCGAUGAUCGAGCCCAUCGCCGCACGCACGCACACGACCGCACUAGCGAAGCAGCCAUUGAGACGGCCCAUCUCCGCGCCCGUGUCCGCCGCGCCAACCGAGCGCGUCUUCUCGCGCAAAGCAGCAGCAGUAGCCGCCCCGGCCGAAGACGUCGAGAUGGCAGACCACGACGACGACCGCAUCGAGGAGGAGGACGAGCUGGCCGGCAACCGCUCCGACGACAACAACGACGCCGCCGACGCAGACUACAAGGACGACGCCGACGCGUACCAGGAGGACGACUCGUUCGUGUACAAGCCGAAAGCGGCGCCCAAGCGGCGCAAGAAGGCCAAGAUGCACGUGUUCCGCGACACCAGCGCGUCCGCGACCCCGACCAUCACCACGAGCCGUAAUUCCAGCGCCAGCAGCGCCGUAGCUGCCGCGGUCCCCGUCCCCGCCGCCUCCCGCACGCACUCGACCUCCGUCUCGCUCGCCCCGCCCGCCUCCGACGCCCCGCCCAUGACGCCCCGCACGCAGCGCCUGCUGCACAUCAUCAACACGCGCGACCUGGCGCAGAUCAAGCUGCUGAAGGGCGUGGGCGCCAAGAAGGCAGAGGCCAUUGUGAACUGUCUCUGCGAGAUGGAUGGCGCGGUGGGGGCGGACCAGAGCGAGGAGCGGCUGAUUACGGACUUGGAGCAGCUUGGGGGGUUGAAGGGGGUUGGGUUCAAGUCGGUCGAGAAUAUGCGGUUAGGGUUGGGGGUGGCGGUGUAG